AUGCUCUGCAUUCGUCCUGCUGAAAUUAAAAACUUGCGUAUAUCUAAUGGGGCUGUAACAGGAUAUGCAAAAAACCGAGGUCAACAAGAUAUUCCUCAAGUGUUUAGAUCACUAGAAAAGAAUGAGGAGCGGGCUAAGCAACUCCUUACUUGGAUUCAGGAAGCAAUUUCUUCCGAACAGUUAAGAGACCCCGGAAAGCUUGGAUUUACAUACUUAAGUGCAUUUCUAAAAAAAGACGAAUUUAUUCCUGAAACAGAAAGUCGUAAACCACUACUUCCUAGCUCUUUGCGCAAAUUAGGGGCAGUAUUUGCAGUUGUAUCGAAUAGUGUGAAGAAUUUAUCAGAGGCUAUGACUAUUGCCAGUCAAGCUCUUCGACAUUCGCCAGACAACCAUGCCUCCCCAGCACAAAACUAUACUAUAGUGAAUUUCCGCCAAAGAGGACAACUUUAUGAUCAGGCAAAGGCAUUAAAGCUCUCUGAUAAAAACUAA